CUAUCAUUCGACACCUUCACGAAGCCGAAAUCAUUCUAGAACUACUUUACGAAGCUGCAAUCGGUCAUCAAUGCUACCUCAUUCUAAUCGAUACUAACGAUCUACACGCAGGUCCAGAUUCCGCUCUCAUUCUCAUAAAAGAAGUUAUAAACGUUCCAAUAGACAUUCUAGGACACCUGACAGAAGUGAUAGGG